UCUGCACGGACGGCGCCUUACGUAUCAGUCACAGGAAAUGGAAAUGACGCAAUUUCGGAAUGGUCUCUGACUGGAAGCGACCUGUCGUGUUAUGAAAGAAUCAGCGAAGUUAAAUAACCAUAGCCAGUGUGCCAACAUUUGUAACUCGUGCCCAUAUGGGGGGUGUUGUUUGGAAACUAUACGCUCUAUAUAGCACUUUUACUGUUUUUUUUCUACUUUGAAUUCUUGUCGGGUAGUUUCCAGUCAUCAUGGUCAAGAAGAAAAGGUCUGCAGAUGGUGCGGCUGCAACGAAUACAAAGAAGCUGAAACAAACCGCAAGGGGCAAUAUAAAACGCAAAGUAAAAUCAGAGAAUGGAGACAAGGCAGAAGAUGUUUCAGAGGAAGCUGUUCUAAGAAAGGUCAAACCUAAACCUCGUAACUCAAAACCAGUUGGUAAAACAGGGCAGCACACCAGCAGAUACUUCCAGGAUCAUGAGGAACCAGUCACAGCAAGCCAUGACAAUGGCAUUCCCAAUCAUUUCAUGGAGAGAGCAGAAACAUUGAUGAAGGUGGAAAAGGAAGAGGAAGAAGAGAGUGAGGAUGAAGAGUGGGAAGAUGUAGAAGAACUGACAGAACCAUCAUGCGCACAAGAGUUGUUGCCAGUUUUGCCCUCUCAGCCUGUGGAGAUUGAGAUUGAAACCCUUGAUAACGCUCGCAAGAGACAGAGGAGGGAGAAGAGGGAAGCAGAGUUUGAAACCUACCUGCGGCGUAUGAUGAACCGUUUUAACAAAGAAGUAAUUGUGGACACACACAAGGUCCACCUCUUGUGUCUGGUGGCCAAUGGAAUCUUCCGGAACCAGCUGUGCAGCGAACCAGACCUGCUGGCAAUCGGCCUGUCCGUGGUGCCGGUUCACUUCACCGCGGUGACCCCAGACCAGGCUGAUGCCUCUUUUCUUUGUGGGCUACUUAAGUGGUUUCAGGCAACAUUUACACUUACCCCUGACCUGCCUCAGGACCAGCAGGACAGUCCACGUGCCAUAUUGGAGAGGAGCUUUGAAAGCCUCUCUGCUCGAAAUCAUGAGGAAAUGACCCAUGUGUUCCUGGUUAUUCUGCGAUCGCUGCAGCUGUUCUGUCGCCUGGUGCUGUCACUUCAUCCUAUUCCUCUGAAGCCUGUUUCUGCCAAGAACAAGGCCAAGACCUCCUGCAGCCCCCCGGAGAAGAGCCCCUCGCAGCCCAAGCACUCUCCUGGGGUGAAGAGGCCGGGGGGGUCCAGUGCAGGUGGGGCUGGGCCGGGGGGGAAGAGGCAGCGCAGAAACACGGCUGAAAAAGAGAAGCCUGGGGCGGGGGGACGACCCAAAAACUCCCAGCGGCGGAGCGUGGCCUCUAAAGUGUCCUACAAAGAGGACAGCAGUGAGGGGGAGGGGUCCAGUGAAGAGGACGAAUUCCGGGUCUCUAGCGAAGCGGAGAGUGAAGACUCAGCAGAGACGGACCGCAGAAGGCAGGGCAGAAAGGGGAGGGGCAAGGGCGUGGCUCCUCAGAGACAACGGAGCAAGAAGGAAACAAGCAGUGAGGGGGACGAGGAGGAAGAAGGUGAAGAGGUGGGGAGGAGCCGAACUAAGAAAGGCAAGGGGACUGAUGAGUGGCUGGAGGUAUAUCUGGAGCGGGUAGGGCGUUGGGUGUGUCUGGAUGUCCAGCAGACAGGUGUGGGGCAGUACCAGCAGUGCACCAGGCAAGCCACCCAGCCGAUGAGCUAUGUGCUGGCUGUGGAUGGGGAUGGGUACCUGAAAGACCUGAGCUCCAGGUAUGACCCCACUUGGAUGACAUCAUCCAGGAAGCGCCGGGUGGAGCCAGAGUGGUGGGAGGAGACUCUUUGUCCGUUUCGCUCCCCUGCUUCUCAGAGAGAGCGCCAGGAGGACCAAGAGCUUCAGGCAAAGCUUCUGGAUAAACCGCUGCCCACAGCGAUCUCUGACUUUAAGAACCACCCCCUGUAUGCCCUGAAGAGACACCUACUGAAGUACGAGGCUAUAUAUCCCCCUACAGCAGCCAUCCUGGGGUACUGCAGGGGCGAGGCAGUCUACUCCAGGGACUGUAUUCACACCCUGCACUCCAGAGACACUUGGCUGAAGGAGGCAAGGACUGUGCGUCUGGGGGAGGAGCCAUACAAGAUGGUGAAGGGGUUCUCCAAUCGGGCGAGGAAAGCAAGGCAGGGAACAGAACAGAAGGACAAAGAUGACCUUCCGCUGUUUGGUCACUGGCAAACCGAACCGUACCAGCCCCCAGUAGCAGUGGAUGGCAAGGUGCCUCGUAAUGAAUAUGGGAAUGUUUACCUGUUUCGGCCAUGCAUGUUGCCUGUGGGCUGCGCUCAUUUGCGCCUGCCCAACCUGCACAGAGUCGCCCGCAAGCUGGACAUCGACUGUGCGUCUGCUGUCACAGGAUUUGACUUCCACUGUGGCUUCUCCCACCCUGUCACUGAUGGCUAUGUUGUAUGUGAAGAGUAUCAGGAGGUGCUGCAAGCUGCUUGGGAGAAUGAACAAGACAUCCUCCAGAAGAAAGAGAGAGAGAAGCGGGAGAAGAGGGCUCUGGACCACUGGACUCUGCUGGUAAAAGGGCUUCUGAUCCGGGAACGACUGCAGCGUCGCUAUGGGAGGCAGAGGCCAGAGCAGUCACUGUCCAAGGACGAAGAGCGAGGACUGUCCUCCGGUGAGGAGGACAACGAGGGGGUGGACACCACUGCCGUGACCCUGGCAAACUCAUGGCCCCAGAACCGACAGGACGACCAAGAGCGGGAAACCAAACCAACAACCAAACGGGAGAAAAAGGGCCAGCAGAAACAUCUCUUCCCCUUUGAGAAAAUAUGAAAAACACACAAGAACGUGCGCCUAUAGACUCACUGUACGCCAGUUUCACAAUUUAAUGUACAGUGACAUCAGGAGUUCUGUUAAAAGUACUCUUUUGAAGCACCAGUAUACCUGUGUUUUCACUCACCUGCCCUUCGCACUGCUCCCCUUCAUUCACCUUCCCACCCCUACAAUUUACCUACCCGUCACUCUUCUUCAGAAAAAUAAGGAGAUUGUUUUUGUAUCCAUUUAAAAUAUAUUUGUUAAGGAUUUUUAUUAAAAAAUGGCAUUGGAA